AUGAUCAACUUCAAAACACUUCCACAACACAGUAGCAGCUGGUUGAAAGGAAGGUACACGUUGUAUAAGUACAAAGGCUUUUGGAACUCUCAAAAGUUCCACGAAUGGGCUUUUGUAGCUCAUAAAACCUUCAAACCCAACCCAAGUGACGUAAUCAUCUCAAGUUGCCCUAAAACAGGCACAACAUGGCUAAAGGCCUUGACUUUCGCGAUUGUUACUCGAAACAAGUUCGAUGAAUCUAGCAACCCUUUACUCACAACCGUUCCCCAUGAAUGUAUCCCUUUGCUCGAAAGAGAAUUUGAACAAAUCGAAUACAACCGGAUAAACAAUAACCCUGAUUUCCUCCCCUUUAUCGCUACACAUCUUCCUUACAACUCUUUACCCGAAUCUGUUGUAUCUUCAAACUGUAAGAUUGUUUACAUAUAUCGUAACACAAAAGAUGUCCUUGUUUCUAAUUACCAGUUCUUUAGAAAAGCGUGCAAAGUAGCUGAGGAAGAAGCGUGUUUUGAGGAUGCGUUUGAUGAGUUUUGUCAAGGGAUUUCAUGGUAUGGACCUUAUUGGGAUCAUAUUUUAGGUUAUUGGAAAGCAAGCUUAGAAAGACCUCAAGAAGUUCUUCUUAUGAAAUAUGAAGAUAUGAAGAGAGAUGCUAGAAGCAACGUGAAGAGGUUGGCUGAGUUUAUUGGGCAUCCGUUUACAAUCGAAGAAGAGAAAGAAGGUGUGAUUGAAUAUAUUGUGAAGUUGUGUAGUUUUGAGAAUUUGAGCAGUUUAAGGGUGAAUAAAAGUGGAGUUCAUAGUCCAGUGGGGUCUAAUGGGGUUGAAAACCAACUUUAUUUCAGAAAGGCUGAAGAUGGAGAUUGGGAGAAGUAUUUCACCGAUGAGAUGAAAGAAAAAAUAGAUGAAUUAAUGGAUCAGAAGAUGGAAGGCACCGGUUUAGUGCUGAAAUAA